GCUGAAAGGGACUUCCAGCCCACCGCCGACUUCUCGGGAGUUUUCAGAGCUCGGUGGGAGAGAUGAGGAGCUGCUCUCUCCUUCAUGACGGAGUGAAGACGAGAUAAAAUAAAUAAAUAAAAAAAUCAACGGAGAAUGGAGGAAAGACGCAGCCUCUCCGUUUUCACAGCCAUGAAAUGUUCGUCCUUCGAUGCUCGUUUUACUUUCAACUAAUUACGAGGUCCGGGCGUCCAGCGGUGAGUUGCCUCCAGGCUGCCAUGAACGAGAAGUGCGACUGAAAAGAUUUAAAAGUGCGUUGCAUGGGAAGUCAGCUGAAGACACCAGACUCUUCUCUGCAAUGACCUUCAGUGACAGCAACCGUGGUGAUUUGAAGAUGAAUGUCAUACUCCUUCACUACAACCACACUGGAAAGCUGGACCACCGGCUGCUGAGCUCUGACACAAACUCUGGAACUUUGGAUAUCAAAAUCAUCGUCUUCCUCAUCAUUUGCAGCUUCAUCGUUCUGGAGAACCUCACCGUCCUGGUGGCCAUAUGGAGGAACCACAGGUUCCACAACCGGAUGUACUUCUUCAUUGGGAACCUGGCACUGUGUGACCUGCUGGCUGGAGUCUCCUACAUGGUCAACUUGCUCCUCUCUGGGGAUAAGACGUUUGAUCUCUCACCGACUCUGUGGUUUAUUAGAGAGGGCAGCACAUUUGUAGCACUCAGUGCCUCCAUCUUCAGUCUUUUGGCCAUCGCCAUAGAGAGACACCUGACUAUGAUCAAAAUGAGACCUUAUGAUGCCAACAAGAACUACAGAGUGUUUCUGCUUAUAGGGACCUGCUGGCUGAUUGCUGUGAUCCUGGGAGCUUUGCCCAUCUUGGGUUGGAACUGCAUUGGCAAACUCCAAGACUGUUCCACAGUCCUGUCUCUUUACAGCAAGAAAUAUGUAGCUUUCUGCAUCACAGUUUUCAUAACCCUGCUUUUAGCCAUGUCAGUCCUUUAUGCUCGCAUCUACAUCCUGGUAAAAUCCAGCAGCCGAAAGGUGAGUAAGCACAGCAACUCUGAGCACGCUAUGUCCCUUCUGCGCACCGUCAUUAUUGUAGUCGGAGUCUUCAUCGCCUGCUGGACACCCCUCUUCAUCCUGCUCCUGGUGGAUGUGGCGUCUGAGCAGCACUUUCCAGUCCUGUACGAGGCUGACUGGUUUAUAGCACUGGCUGUGCUCAACUCGGCCAUGAACCCAGUCAUCUACACUCUGGCCAGUCGCGAGAUGAGACGGGCCUUCCUGGCUCUGGUUUGUGGCGUUUGCUACAAGAUGAAGGUGUCGGUGAGUGGCAGUGGGAACAGACAGUCCCCUGAGCCCAGCCGGAGCAGGAGCAAAUCAUGGAGCAGUCAGAACAACCAGAACCAGCAGAGGGGCCAGGAGACGGACACUGGAACGAAUAGAGAGGAUGCUCAGGAGGGUGUUUAGAGUGGUGGGGAAAACAGAGAGAAGAGUUCCAGAAAUCAAUCAAAAUGUGGAAAGAUGCUUGAGAAAUGAAGUCAGUUUAACAUGAAGCAAAUCCAAUAUGAAGAUUGGACUAUACAGUUGCUCCUGCACAGAAGUUUCAGUUUGGUGACUAAUGUUUACAUAUCUUAAGCAUCUGUAAUUGAGACCAGCACAGUUACUGAAUGGAAUAACAUUCAGUAACUGUGCUGGUCUCAAUAAUUGAAUGCUGUUACAUUCACUAACUGUGCUGGCAAGUUUUACCUCCUUGUCAAGUCCUGAAAGAAACCGAAUGUGUUCAAAUGGGAUCAUUAAAAUUACAGGCAACUGUUUAGAAUAUAAAGAAAGACCAAAAUUAUUAACAGUGCAUUUCCAGAGAACAGGGCAGCUCAUUACUAGAUAAGAUUUUAGUGAUCAGUAUUGUAACAUCUGAAUAAAUUGUGCCUCCAUUUUGCAACGUGUCUUAGAAAGUGCAAUUAGAGUUCCACAACAAACUGAAGCAUGAUUGUAGGAAUAAAACAGCUAACUGUAUUUAUGGAUGUAUGUGUUAUGCAUUUUUAUAUAUAUCUAUUUACCAGUACCUUGAUUGUAUAUUCCUGAUUGAUAAAGAACACGAGAAACUGCAUCUGUUUCACCUAUUCUGCAUAAUGACGAAUGAGGACGCUAUUAUGAUACCAGGGCUCCCUCUGCUGAUCAGGUGUAGUACUGCUGCAAAUGCAGUUCUUAAUUGUUCUCAUGGUGGAAGUUAGAGCUUGUGUAAAAAUGUAAAGCUGGCAAAUCAAGUAUUUAAGAAAAAUGUGGAUGCUGCAUGCAAAAGAAAGGAGUAUGCAAAAAUAUUUUAGCCUCUUUAUGUGGUGCAAUAUAUCAUCUUCCAAACUCAAAAUAAAAUCUAAAAAAAAAAUUAAAUCUGGAGUCACUGAUGGCAGACCAGUGACAAGUGCACAUAUUUUCUGAGAGCGUUAAUUUUCCCUGUUCUCUGUUUUCCCUGUCCAGUUCUCAGAUCAAAGUUGAAGUGAUUGUGUGGAACUGAAACGUUAUCCAUUCUCCAUUUCAAAGAAUUGAAAAAUAAGGAGUUUUGACAUUUGCACUUGAAAUUAUUAGAUUUCCACAACAAAUUAGUUGUUGGUAAACAAAGCAAACAAAAUCAAUUAAAAUAGCUCAACAGAACACAUUUUAUAAAUGUUACCUCCAAAUAACACCUUAAAUGGCAGCAAGUCUCUAAGUCUUUUCUUUCCGUCAGGUCUCUUUAAUAAAUAGUAGGGACUUGACUGAAUCCAUCUUUACUUCCUUUCCGGUGCCAAAGGAAGCAAAGGACGUCUAAAGCCUCAACAGAGCCACCAGCAUGCUUCUUUCCGGCAGGCGUGGAGUUUUUUUAGUCAAUACUUCAUUUUUCCUUCCUCUUAUAAACCACUGUUCCAUAGUCUAGGUUUGAUUCAUUGCUCCUUAGAACUAGAUGACAAAACCUCUUUGGCCUAGUUACACAGUUGUGAGCAAGUUGGAUCGAACUUUUCUUGUACUUUUGUGUCAGUAAUGGGAUAUGUCUUGAAGUUGAGACAUGAAGCCCUUACUGUGGAAACUAGUAAGGGCUAGUAACCUCAGCUGCUGCUGCCAACAUGUUUUGCUGGAGGUCUUGUACAGUCAGUUGAGGGCUUUUGUGGGCCAACUGCCUCAAGAAUCUCAGCCAUUGUUCAUUUAACAUUGAAAUCACAAACUUGCCUUCUAAUCUUAUCACUUUGAACAUUCAGAACAUUUGCUAUGUGUUGUGUCACUUUCUUGCUUGGACAAGACAAUGAUUGCUUCAUUGAACUUUGGUGACAAUUGUUUUAAAUGAUCCACAUCUUUAACAUAAAAUCAAACAUUCCUGUCCACAGUCCAGGUAUCUGAGGUACUCCAUGUCAAGCACACCUGAUGCUACUAAUGAAGCCAUUGGGUUCCAUGCCGGAGACCACACCUGAUUUGUAAAUAUAUGCCCUUCUGAAAACCUCUACCUAAAGGUUUGAGAAGUUUUGAGGCAGAAAUAGUUCUUAAAAGUAGGACUAAGUGUUUAAUCAGAAUUGGUUGUCAUCGAGCGUGACACAAACAAAUUGAGUCUUCCAUCCAUCCAACCAUUUUCUUACACCCUUGUCCCUAGUGGGGUCAGGAAGAGUGCUGGUGCCUAUCUCCAGCGAACGUUUCGGGCGAGAGGCGUGGUACACCCUGGACAGGUCGCCAGUCUGUCGCAGAAUAAAGUCUUUUUAAUAUUAAUUUUAUUUAGCUGCCUUAACUGUUUUUGAGUCAUUUGUUUAUUGCAAACAUGUGAAAAAUGUACACCUAACUGUGGGUUGAAUAAUUUUCGGUGCAAAUACAUCAGUGCAACUCUUUCUGUAACUAAUGUCAAACGUUUUUAUUCUGAUCUGUCAACAAUCUUAAAUGCAAAAGCUCAAACUAUAAAAAUCAUUCCUGUCUUUUUUUUUUUUCAAUGAAUGUUUUACCUCAACUUGUAACUUGUCAAGAGACGAGAAAAUGUGCAUUGCUGUUUAUUUUCACUACUCAUGUUCAAGACGUUACACCGGAAAUGAAGUUUAUUAUGUUGAAAUAGCGCUCAGUGUUUAGAGUGACUGGAGAAAUCUACCAAAGUGACUGUUUGGUAUGCAUGUUACACUUAGAAGAAAUGACCAGGUUCUUUUCGCAAUACCAAAUCCUGCCAGUCAUCUAUUAAUCUACUUAAUCAAAAAGAAUAAAAGUUAUUUUGGGGUAACUGUGGAUCAGUGAGUAGAAUAGUCAUUUUGCAGUUUGAAAGUUGUGGGUUUGAUUCCAGUGUCUUUCUGCUGCAUGCUGAUGUGCCUUUAGGCAAGGUACUUCAUUCUGCUGGAUGCCUCACAAUCUACUUAUCGGUGUUUGAACGUGUGCGCCUAGUGAGUACUACUAGUUGAAUUUGGCUCUAGUGUAAUAUCUUUUGCCCAGUCAAUAUGCUUAGAAAAGGGCUAAAUAAAUUCAGUUUAGUGAAAGUAACCAAUUUUUCAAAUAUCUACAGGGGUCAGCAUUAAUAAUUUUGAACAUGUAAACAGGUAAAAUGUGAACGCAAAACGUAGACCAACCAAUGUAGGUAAUCUGACACCUUUCCGUCUUGCAAACCUUUCAACCUAAAUGGCAGCACUGUUCUACCGAAACAGAAACAAAUAAUAAUAUUGUGACUAGGUAUUAAUUUUCAAAUAUUAUUUUUAAAUUUUUUUGACACCUGAAUUUUGUACAUUGUUUUCAAAUUUACUGUCACCUUGAAGAAAUAAUAGAAAAAAGGACAGACUUAAACAAGACAUUAGUGUACAGACAUGACUUUUUUGCUAUAGAGCUGAAAAAGGAUAAUUGUGAAGAUUUAGCUCUUUGGUUUUUCUUACAGCAUGUUUAUUUGUAUUUACUGUAUUGUUUACUCAAAUUAAAAAAUAUAU